AUGGAGUCCCCCAGCAACCCACACAAGCGACAGAAGCUCGGUUUCGAGAGAGAGAUCACCCUGAAAGAAGACGAUCCCGAUGCUCUACUCUUGAUGCUCAACUUUGCAUACGAUCAAAAGAUACCAAGUCUGGAUGACGUUGACAACGUUAUUCGUACUGCCCGUAGCAUCCGAGAUUGCUUAGGCUUGUACCGCGUCGGUGACAAGUACGACUUUGCUCAGUUCCGGGAUCGGGUCAUCUCAGUGUUCAAAUGUAGCAUUGGUUGGUGGUCGAUGCAAGUGCGAUCAGACGACCCAGACCCUAUAGAUGCCGUUGUACAUCGAGAGUUCUGUGGAUUCGUCAGAGACGUCUAUGAUAUUGUGUUGAUGGCCGAGCUGAAGGAAAAUGAUUGGAAGGGUCACUGUCCUCGUUGUGGUGGUUACCAACUAGACUGGCGGCCAGAAAUGCUGUCUUACGAGGAAGACAAAUUCAGUUAG